CAAUGUUGGUUGGCUCCCCCGGUUCAUGCAGAAGCAAUUCCCUCUCCGCCACUUCCCACCACUCGCCUUUCCUAUGCUGAUCGUCCAUGAGAGAGAGAGGUACAGAGAGAUUUGUGAAGCCUCCAACAGAUGAAACGGCGCGUUUUGGCCAAGCAAGGCGUCGUCUCUGUCACUUUAGACGAUCCGGGCCCUCAGUCCUCACCUUUGUCGUGUCCUCUAGGUUCUCUCCCCCAUCCCUAAUUCUUCUUGCUUUCUUCUCGAUUCUGAAUUCCCUUUCUCCCUUCAGUCCCAAAACACCGGAAUUCCAGUACAUAGGAGGCAAUUCAAACCGAUUCAUUUCGAUUUUUACAAAAUCUGGGUUCGCCCACUUUAUUCUCCACUAGUUGUUUCCGUUACUGAUUCUUUGCUAGAGGUUUGCACAGGGUUUCGAUUUGUUGUUAGUUCGGAUCUCUGUUCGUGUUAAUUCUUUGAUCAAUUACAGUUGUUUGCGUCCGGCCAUGGGUGCAUUUGAUGUUUGAUCAGUGUAAAUUUUGAGUUUGGUUUGAUCAUUAUGUUACCUAAACCUUUUGAUUCAUGCUUGUUUCAAAAUCUUCCUGAUGAUUUAUUCGCCAUCAUCGCACUGUUCCUCUCGCCAAGAGAUGUGUGUAAUCUCAGUCUGUGCUGCCGGACUCUAUACUCUCUUGCGGGUUCUGAAAAGGUCUGGCUCACUCAAUGUGACAUGGUUGACAUAUUACCCCAUAAAGACAUAGUUGAGUGGCGAAAAGGUGUUUCCUCUUAUAAGGCACUUUGCCGUUUUCUUAUUAGCGUUCAACCAUUAGUUGGUAUGUGGGUUCAUCAGAAUCCUGAGCUUGGUAAUGUAGUCUAUGUCAUUCCUGGUUUUGUUUCUGUUAUUGGGUGCCGGGUUAUACCUCAGGAGCUUGGUCCAUUGGGCAUGGAGGAUGGUCCGAUUCUCUGGGCGCCGGUCUUUGAAAUUAUUGGUGAUUCUGACGGUUUAACCACAUUUUUUCUGCAUGGAAGGGAGAACGGAAUUAACUUUAUUUAUCCUGGUUUAGUCAAACAAGUAGAAAGAGCUUGCAAUGUGCUAUUGCUUGAAGUUGAGCCCACACAACAGAAAUAUGAUGAUACUUUGUUGCAGAGUGACAGCAUCGUACACCACUCAGAUGUGGAGCUAUCAGGAAAUAUUUGCAGUUCAAACGGUGGACUAUCUAGGUCACAUAGGACAGGAAAUGAUGAGUCGGUUGUUCCCUUUGGCAAAUUAUGUUUUAGUGAUAGAAGAAAGUUACUUGAGAUUAUUACUAGUCAAGUUCGACAAAAGGUUCCUGAUAUGGCACUUGGACCCUUAUUUCCUAGGUUUAGCGUGGACAAGGGCAAAUUUCAGAAAGAUUUGUUGCUCUUGUCGGAAAGAAGAAGUCUCCUUAUUCAAAUGUACAAGCUUAAUACUAAUAGUAGUCAGAUUGAUUGGAAAGCAAGCUCCAGAGAGGCAGUUGGUGCUAUGCAAUCAGGGCUGGAUGAAGUCCAAACUAGUAUUCGUUCAUGGGCUUUUGGUAGACCUUCAGACGAGGUGAUUAAUAUCACACAAUCCAACAAGAGAAAAAGUUUUGGUGGAUCUUUCUGGCAUAGCCUUAAACAUAUCCUUGGGAAAUCUAGCUCAAAUAAUGGCUGUAAUGCAAUGUCUGAGAAGGUUACUUCAAGCAGUGAGAGUAAGCAUGCACGACUUGAUGAAUUUCUCAGAUCGAGUGACAGAAUUAAACUAACGUUACAUGCCUCAACUGUAAAGUUAUCUUCUUAUCGAGCAUGGCCAAAUAUGCAUGACAGCCGAUUUGCUCUUUAUAAACUGCGCAUGCCAGUUCCCACAGCUGACGAAGAAUAUGCAGGUCUCUGGGGAGGGACUUUUGGUUGGCCUCCAGGAAAGCCUAGCAAAGACAAGCCUGGAAAGGCUCUUUUCCUCCUGCUGCUUUCUUAUGAGGAAUGUGAGGGGCAACAGCUUCUCAUUGCAACCAAAAUAUUGGAAGGCACUCACUAUGUCUUGCAUCCCAAUGGCUCAGCAAUGUUUAUAGUGAAUACCAAUGAGCCUUCAUCUGAACCCUUUCCUUGGGAUGCUGAUGUGGAUUCCUGUCCUGUAAAUAUUGAUCAUGCUUUUGUGGGAGAGGGUAUUGCAACUGGUUAUGGGUUUAGAUACCCAGGAUCAAAGCCUGGUUCCCUCUUUGUAUUUCACAAUGGCGUCCUGGCCUUUAUUUGGAAAGAGUCCAGGGCUGUUUUGACCUUGCAGAGACUCAACUUGCAUGAAGUUUUGAAGAAAGGUGAAAUGGUACCUGCUCUGCCUCCUGUUGCCAAUUUCUCCUAUCUGACAAAGUCUUACUCAAAUGUAUUUGCUGGCUUUCAAACCGCUUCCCCUUGUUUGUCUUCACCAAGGAAAGAACAACACUAGUAUAUUAAUGGGUUAGGAAUUCAAUUCCUUUUUUGCCCAGCUGAUCACAUUAUAACAAGUUUGAACUUUGAAGUAUGGCUAUAUAUAAACAAAUUGGUUUUGUGAGCUGCAACUUCCUGCUGUCAACGCUUUCUUGUCACUUUCUUCUGGAGAUCUAAGUUGGAGGCAAUCUUUGCGAUAACGGAUGAGGCAUUAUGGAUUAUUAUUGUAAUAGAAUAAGCUUUUCCCCCAACCUUUCAGGUGUAUGAUGCUGCAUGACCUUGUACUAUAAAUGGUAGAAAUUCCCCUCAACCUUUCAGGUAUAUGAUGCUGCAUGACUUUGUACUAUAAAUGGUAGAAAUUAUACAGGAUCUCAAUAAUGAUUUGUACUCAUUUGGUAACUAUAUGAUUGUUGUGUCAUUGGUGGUGUCAAGGAAAGUACAAUCCCAUAUUGUAAUCCUAUUAUUUGCUAUCCUUUUGGAUGACCGCCCCUUAGAUGGAAAUGGAAAACCCAUUAUUGUGGAUUGGCUGUUGAAAUAAUACAAGGUAAUACAAUGUUUAGGAUAUUUGCGACA